AUGACUUUGAAUGGCCACCAAGACUUUCUCGAUUCUGUCUCAAAGGAAAGUUUCCAAAUGCGUCCCAGACCGACGCCCCCAGCCUCUCCUCGAAAGAGCAAGAAAAAAGGCGACUCUACGAAAGGAAGCGAAAACGAUCCUUUUUAUUUUGAGAAUAUUGGACUCGAAAGACUUUUAGAUGGAAAAGAGACACCGGAAGCGAUGCAACUAAGACAUUGGGAAUACGAGAGAAAAUGGUCGCAGAUGCUUUCUUCUGUUGAGAAAUCGCUUUUAAUUGAAAAUUCGGCUUCAUUCAACGAUAUUGUAUCGUUUGUGGAUAAUUCGUAUAGUUCAAAUGAAAUCGAGACCUCUUUUCAGGCUUUUGGUUUACCGUAUCGGGAAAUCCCGACAGCUUUGGUCUUUACGGGGAUCAAUAGCCCUGAUAAUGAAUUGCUGUUCACUCAGAUAGCUCAGCGUUUGCGAGAGACGAGAUCAGACUAUGUAGUAAUGCUUCAAUCUAAAGAUUGUGGGAGUCUAAAGAUGACAAUGAAAUGUUUAAAUGAUCAAGUUCUUGACUCUAUGAAUGAUUACGAAAACCAAGAUGAGAUGAACGAUGCAGAUGCUACGGAUGAAGUGAUUUUCGAUGUCGAGAAUGAUAAGUUUGCCGAAGGUCAUCUUCAGAGAUACGACAUGGAAGUAUUAGCGGAAUGGUAUGAAGAUAAGCGAAAAAAGAAUAAUGACGCUGACUUUUGGAAAGUUUCUUUUAAAGAUAAAUCCUUGUCUGCGAAAGUCGUGGUCUUGAUUCAGGAUUUUGAAGUUUUUGAUCCAAGUGUAUUAGAAGAUUUUAUAUAUAUUUGCAGCCAAUACCAAGAUCGCGUUAAAUUCGUAUUUUUAUUGGGUAUUGCCACCACAAUUAAUGCUCUGCAACAAGCAUUACCCUCUUCAAUACUUAAUUCGCUAAGAAUGAAAAAAAUACAAUUGCAGAAUUCGGAGCGAUGUCUUGACAGAAUUGUCACUGCGGUUCAGGUGGAAAAUCAUACUGGCAUAAAACUAGGCAAGAUGCCUUAUAAAUACCUCCAUGAGACGUUCCUUCUGUAUAAUUACUCAGUUAGCUCUUAUAUAUCUAAAUUGCAGUAUGCCGUCAUGCAUCAUUUCUUCUCCAAUCCAUUAAGUAUCUUGGCCGGCAUAGAUGAUCAAGAGUUACUCUCAAGACUUUCGAUUUUAUCCGAGGAUCAUCUUGAAGCGAUCCGCAUGCAAAAAUCUUUUAUGAAAUAUGUAGAAGCUCAACUUCCAGAUUCAGAUGAAGUACGUCGUCUUCUGGAAGAUAAUGCCUAUCUAGAAUCUCUCUUGCCUCGACUAAUCAAGGGAAUUGAACAAUAUCAUAAAAAAUUCUCGAUAGCUUUCGAGUUUCUCUGGAUAUUACAGCAGACGUUAAUUGAUUACAAAGAUCCGAAAAUUAAUGUUGAUCGGAAAACUAAACACUCGUUAUAUUAUCUGGCGAUUCAGGAGGAUGGAGGGCUUUGCGAUGCUUAUCAUACACAAAAACUUUUAGUAAAUCUGAAAAAAAUUGAUUCAUCAUGUCUUUCAGAUUUGCUUCAAAAAUGUCUCGAAUUUCUCUAUACAAAUCAUUAUGCUAAUUCUUGUUUAACGCAAGAAAUGUCGGAGAUAGAAAAUUUUUCAGUUCGAUUACGUGAUAUAGAGCAAACUUUUAUUUCAUCAAAGAAUGCGCUUUUCCCGUUAACGCAUGGUGAAGAAGAAUCAACAAACACGCUCUACACGAUUUUGCUGGAACAAGUUCGCGAAUUUUUCGAUGCCUUUUUCAAGUAUAAUCUUAAGCAUUAUUCAACUGUAACUCUUCAUGAGGUCGUCUAUUAUGAAAAUGAAAAGCUGUUGAAACAUAUGUUUUCUGCUCAUCCACGCGCAGCAACUCAAAAAGCACUGGACACAUGCAUCCUCUAUAAAAUGUAUCUCGAGUUUGGUAAGAUGAUCAAUAUGUAUGAUUGGUUGAUGGCUUUCAAGUCUAUCCUGGAGCGUGAUGGACCAAUCGACGAGAAGGAAAUCCAAGCGAGAUUCAUAUCCGGUGUGACCGAGUUGCAAACCCUUGGUUUCGUAAAAUCAACAUCUAGGAAGGCGGACCAUUUUCAACGAUUGACUUGGGCGCGAUAA